GGUUUCAGAUCUAUCACGUUAACACGAGCGUCGCAGGAAGUCUGAGUUUGUUAGUUAGCGAACGCCAAAGGAUUACUCCGGAAGAGAACAAUACACCGAACGCUCUGGACAAUUACACCGAUGUUCUGGAAAGAGAGCAAACACCAACGUUUAGCUGGGUUCACUUCAUCAGCCGUUUCGCCAAUGAACAAUCCGAAAAGAACAACACAUCAGGCCAAACGUCCGCAUCCGCUCUUUGUGUUUGUGACGAUGUAUCAUCAUUCAUCUUAAAG